CGUGACAAGGUCAUGUGACUUUUUAUUUUCCUAGUUGAAACAGAAGAUGGCACGUUACUUUCUGUUUACAUUUUUUCUCGUCGUUUUAUGUGAACUUAUCAAGCAUGGAGAUGCUGGGAAAUAUAGUAAACAUCCAUGUUUAAACAGAAAGUUUGGUGAAGGAAUUAAUACCGUGAAAACUUACCCAAGGCCUCAUGAAACCUUAGAUCUGAAGACCCUUCCAUCCAGCUGGGACUGGAGGAAUAUUAAUGGGACAAACUUUCUCAGUACAACCAGGAACCAGCACAUACCUCAAUACUGUGGAUCAUGUUGGGCCAUGGGAUCUACAAGUGCCCUUGCAGACAGGAUAAAUAUUAAACGUAAAGGGGCGUGGCCUUCAGCUUACUUGUCAGUACAAAAUGUGAUUGACUGUGGUGGCGCUGGAUCCUGUCAUGGGGGUGAUGAUAUUGGUGUCUGGCAGUAUGCCAACAAACAUGGAAUUCCAGAUGAAACCUGCAACAAUUACCAAGCUAAAGAUCAAGCAUGUGAUACCUUUAACCAGUGUGGAACCUGUACAACUUUUGGACAAUGUAAACAGUUAAAUACAUAUACAUUGUGGAAAGUUGGUGAUUAUGGAAGAGUUAAAGGGAGAGAUCAAAUGAUGGCUGAGAUUUACAAAAAUGGACCAAUAAGUUGUGGUAUAAUGGCUACAGAAAAACUGGAACAAUAUGCUGGUGGAGUUUAUAUGGAGAAAAAUGCAGAACCAUCAGUAAACCAUAUUGUAUCAGUAGUUGGAUGGGGAGUCGAUUCAAAAACAAGUACAGAAUUCUGGGUUGUCAGAAAUUCCUGGGGAACACCUUGGGGAGAACAUGGAUUUCUGAGAAUUGUUACCAGUAAAUAUAUGGAUGGGAAGGGAGACGAUUACAACUUGGCUAUAGAGAGUCAGUGUGGCUACGGAGACCCAAUCAUUCCACCAGGAUAUUAAUGUGCCGUCCUUAUAGUAUACAAUAAACAUUCCUAGAAAUUAUUUAAACCAAACUUUUAGUCAGGCACCAGUAUUUGGCAUAAUAAACAGUUUUGUUUGCUUUAUCUUCCAAACAAAACAUUAAGUGUGGAUCUAUUGUUUAGACCAAACAGAAUUGAAAAGAUUUGCUUGUUCUUCUAUUCAUUGUAAAAAGAGGUUGUGAUACUGCUGAAUAGCAAAUUACAGUCCUUUAAAGCUCUUUAAAUUUGAGUAUGUUUCAUUUCAAUUCUCUGAUUUCUUUGUUUGUUGAAACAGAUUAUUACAAUAUAGUUGGAACUUAAAGUUUAAGAAACAUACAGGAGCAGAUAUAUUAUGCACUUAUGGUGCAGCUAUUUAUUUUUAAUUUUAUAUUGUUCAUUUUUAUAUCCCUAAAAUUAAUGGAAGUGAUCUUUGAUGUGGCAUAAUCAACUUUUUUUUCAAUUUUGUACACUCUUUUUUAGCAAAGCUUGGUCAUGAAAUGAUCGUCUAGUUUUGUACAUAUUUUUGGCAUUUGACUUGUUCUAAUAGUAUGGAAUUGAUAUAUGAUAUACUUUUGUGACUUCAAUGUAAAAAUGCUAUUUAUUUGUUAUAUGUGUUGUGAUAAUUUCUGUCUAAAUCAGUGAUUUUUUUGCCAUUCACAUAAAAACAUUUUGUAAUUCUCAAUUUUAUAUAUAGUAAAAUUUACAAUAGUU